GGAAGUACCGGUAUAGCACACACACACAUUGAGCGUGUUACACCGGCGCCUGGUCCGUCCUGCUGAAAACAACUGUUGAAAACUGGCCUAAAACUAGGGGAAAACACUCAAUCAUGGACGAAGAUGAUAGAAAAUCAGACCGAAGGAGAAGGAGUCGCAGUCGAGAUCGUGACCGAGACAGAGAUAGGAGAAGCAGAAGCAAAGAUAAAAGAAGUCGAAGCAGAGAAAGGAGGAGAAGGAGUAGAAGCAAAAGUAGAUCACGGUCAGGGAGCAGAGAUAGAGACAGGGACAGAAGAGAUAGGCGGCGGAGGAGUCGUUCACCUCGUGAUAGGAAGAGGAGAAGGAAGCCUAACAAGUAUUGGGAUGUGCCGCCAGCAGGAUUUGAACAUGUUUCUCCAAUGCAGUACAAAGCCAUGCAAGCUGGUCAGAUCCCCCCUGCAGUUGCACCCCAGCCCAUUAUCCCCGAGGCUCCCAUGCCCGCUGCCAUCCCUCCAGCAGCAGCAGCAUCUGUGGCUGCUGCAGUGGCUGCAGCUACCCCUGCUGUCCCCGUAGUGGGCAGUCAGAUGACCAGACAAGCAAGGAGGCUGUAUGUUGGAAACAUUCCUUUUGGAGUCACAGAGGAUGCUAUGGUGGAUUUCUUCAAUGCCAAGAUGCACAGUGCUGGACUAUCACAAGCACCAGGACCCCCGGUCCUAGCUGUGCAGGUCAACCAUGAUAAAAACUUUGCUUUCCUUGAGUUCCGUUCCGUGGAAGAAACUACCCAGGCGAUGGCCUUUGAUGGGAUCCUGUUCCAGAACCAAGCCCUGAAGAUCCGUCGACCCAAAGACUACCAGGCCAUCCCAGGCAUGUCGGCUACACCUACUGUACAUGUACCUGGUGUUGUGUCUACUGUCGUCCAGGAUUCGCCAAACAAGAUCUUCAUUGGAGGUUUACCAAACUACUUGAACGAUGACCAGGUCAAGGAACUUUUAUCCUCCUUCGGUCCUCUGAAAGCCUUCAACUUGGUGAAAGACAGUGCUACAUCGCUCUCUAAGGGAUAUGCAUUCUGUGAAUACGUCGAUAAUGACCGCACCGAGUUGGCUAUUGCUGGACUGAAUGGUAUGCAGCUUGGUGAAAAGAAGUUGAUUGUUCAGAGAGCAAGCGUUGGUGCCAAGAAUGCAAUGAACCAGGGUCAACAAGUCCAGAUCAACAUCCCUGGUUUAUCCCUACCUGGUACUACAGGACCAAACACAGAGAUCCUCUGCCUCAUGAACAUGGUUACUCCAGACGAACUCAAAGAUGAUGACGAAUAUGAAGAUAUUGUGCAAGAUGUGAGGGAGGAAUGCCAGAAGUAUGGCCAAGUUCGUAGUCUUGAGAUCCCACGUCCCAUUAAUGGCUUAGAUAUCCCCGGUUGCGGAAAGAUCUUUGUUGAAUUCAUGACUGUUAUGGAUGCCCAGGCGGCUCAGAGAGCCCUCGCUGGUCGGAAGUUUGCCAACCGCACCGUUGUAACAUCCUUCUAUGACAACGAUAAGUACCACAGAAGAGAAUUUUAAGAUUUGUUUUUGCACGCUGGAUCACUCGAUGAAUGUAAUACUCGAUUAUUUCAGUGUUAAGGCCUGUUUGGUGACCCCUUUCAAUUUUUUAAUUGAUACAAGAAGGGGUUUUAAAGCUGUAGCAAAAUAAAAAUGGAUAUAACCAUGAUACUGUAAACUCUCACACCUUUUCUGUAGAAUUUCAUCAUUAUGUUUAAUAAACACUGGAUGCAUACUUGUCAAUAUUGUAGUUCAUACAUGUAUUCUGUAAUACGUACAUUGUGUUGCAUAUUACUUUAAACUUUGAUGUGAAACAUUAUUAAUCAGUCAUUUGCAAGCAUUACUAACCGAAAUGUUGGUGGCAUUCAUUGCGUUUUCAUGGCGGGGGACAAUUUUAUCAACAAAGUAGCUUUACUUUGUGGGGAAUAUUUAUUGCAUGCUUUAUUCCUUGAAAACUACAUAUUAUUUGCUAUUCACUGAUUGCAAUUUUAACGGUAUUAGGCUAUUUACUUUUAGGUGGAAUUCACAGUGAAUUAUAAUGUACAUAUUAGUGGUGGUUUUCAAUACCCAAUGUUGCAAUGGAAUGUUCAAAUGGAAUUUUUCACUUAAACACUUUAUAUACUAGUAGUAGAAUGUAAAAUUGUCAGUGAUGAGGGGUUACAUGAAGAUCUUAUUUCCACUAAUUGCUUUGAAAUCCUAGAUUUCAAACAUCAAUUUCUGUUACAGCGUUGGAUUAGAAGUGGAAUAUCCCUUGAAUUUGAAUCAUUAGUCCUUAUAUCUUAUUCUUGAAGCUUGAGAGGUUUGCAUUGUUUUAGCAAUCAACUUUACAUUGUGAAUAGGGUUAUUGAAGUUUGAACAAGGACUACAGUAUUUCCACCUUACACAUUGCAUGAAAAAUAUUGUAAUCUCCUAUGUUUUAUGUUGCUGAGACAUAGAGAAAUAUUGAUUUUUUGAACCAGUUUGGGAUGUGAAUGAUUAAUGAUUAGCUCUUUAUUCAAUUAAUAAAUGAUUAAUUUUAUAACCAAUUGACUUAUCUUUAAUCAUCUCUCUGAUACAAUAGAGCUAAUGAUUAAGUACUUUCCUGCGACCAUCUUUCUCACGUAAUAAUAUUGAUUGUUCCUUUGUUGACCUCUUGCUCCUAAGCACUCGUUGCAUUUGCUCUAGGAUCUCGAACAAAAGAAAUUUAAUGUAUGUACUAUUUUACAUGUUCAUGAUUGAUUCGCUGUGUCUUCUUUCCCUGCUUAAUUUAUUUCAUGUCACUUUGAGGUUUGAUAGGAAUAUUUAUUUUCUCUAAUCCAAAGAUUUUUUUUCUUCCAAAAUAUCUAUAUUAACCCCCUUCCCAAUGUUUGAAGGAGAUACAGGAAGCUGCGUAUGGUUGGGUGAAGGUUUAUCCACUACAGAUCUCUUGGAUCAAAUUACUUCAUCAGUUUCUAUUGAAUGCUUCACAUUAAUGUUGCUCUUUCAGUAAGAAUGUGCAAGACAUGUUAUUUUAGUGUGUUUGAACCAUAUUGCUACAAAAAUAGGAAUGGCAUAUUAUGUUAUUGCCAUUAUAUUCCUUACCAAAGGACGUUGGAAUAAGGUGGGGGUAUUAAUCACUUUCAGUGAUAUUUCUAGUAAUUACUAGGUAUUCUCAUGAGUACUUGUAUAUUACCCAGGCUUUGUCUGCAUGCCAUUCACCAAAAUAAUGUCUAUGGGAUAUUUUUUUUCGGGUUUCAUUUUCACCGAACAAUGAGAGUAAGCAUUACAUAGCAUACCCUCUGGUUGGAAAAAUGUAAUGAUGUUAAUGUGAAUUUGUGUCUAUUAAAGCUUCGCCCCUGAGAAAUUAGUAUCGGAAGUACAAGUUAUUAUGUACAAUGGAUUGCAAAUAUUAAGAAACAUGGCCUACUUCGGACAACAAAUUUAGGCCUAAAUCUGCAAAUGAUAGUUUCUUGUAAGUUAUACCUCGGUCACGUUUGCUCUACGGCGGCCGUACAGCGAGCCGAAAACGGCCGUUUUAUUCAUUGUUAUUCAAACCAACUAUAUUUAGCUGGUACAAAAAAUGUUAAAACAGCUGUUUUCGUCUCACCGAACGGCCACCGUAGAACAAAUGUGACCAAGGUAUUACAGGCCCUAGAAGUUCACUGAAUAAGAUGUAAUUUCUCACAAUGCUAAUUGAAGUGAAAAUCAUAUGUUUGCUCAUUCAAAAUCAAUUCACUCAUUUGUCAAGAUGUAAUGUUGAAAGCAAGAAGCUGCAUGUUUCUGCAAAGUUUAUGUAUGCCUAAAAUCAAUUUCUGUAAUUUUUUGUUUCAUUCAACAUAUUUUGAUUUGUUCUUGAGUGGUUUCUAUUACUGAAUGUUUUUUCCAAAUAAAUGCUUUGUAGUCCAAUGCA